AAGAAAAGAAAGAAAAGGGAACAGAAAAGAAAUUUUAAUAAGAACCCCUAGCCUCCUUCUUCUUCGCCUCUCCCUUGCAGCCGCCGAUUACCUCAUACACUUCUCAGUAGUGUUCGCCGCCGACUAAACAGCAAAACUCACUAAUUGCGACGGUGUCAGCUUGAAAUUUGUUUUUGCGCAUUAGACGUUUUCAUUCUCGUGCCUUUCCUUGCUCCAUGAUCGACGACGGAGCUACCUGCGACUCGAAUACCAACUUCGAACAAGUUUCCUAACAUAGUUUCUUCUUCGUUUGAUACUCCAACACGAACAACGAGUUGUGCAUCACGGUUUCGUCGAACGGGUGUCUUGCAACAGCGUUUGAAUUGGAGGUUACCAUAAUCCAGACGUCCUAACAUCGGGUUCACAGAUAAGGUCUAGAAGCCUAAACCCCGUCGUCUACGAUCGAUUAUCACUGCGUUUCGCCAGUUGCACUCUGAUCGUAGGCCGUCAUCAUGGGCUCCCAAAACUUGAGCAACUCAAAGAAGAAGAACAAGAAGAGUAACAAGAGUAAAGAUGAGAGAAAUGUUCCUUCUUUAGCCUCGGAGCAAGCUGGCAUCAACAAUGAUCAAGCCAAAAAGAAAAUUAUCACUGAUGUUCGGUUCUCAUCCGUGCAUUCUGAUCCUAGGUUUCAAAAUGCCCCCAAGCACAAAGCCAAGGUUGUGAUUGAUUCACGAUUUGACCAGAUGUUCGUAGAUAAGAGGUUCUCUUCGUCGUCGACUGCAUUGGACAAGCGAGGCAGGGUUAAGAAGGGUAAGUCGGAAAAUCCGCUACGUCGUUAUUAUAAAAUUGAAGAGAAAAGUGACAAGGAUGAGGAUGACGAUGAGGAGGGUGUGGAGGUAGAAGAGGAUAACAGUGAUACUGUUGGUAGAGAUGUUGAGGUAGAGAAAAAGAAUCUGAGAUUAGAGAAUCUUGAUUCAAGCAGUGAACUGGAGGAGCCAGAGUCGGAUGAUGAUGAUGAUGUAGAAACCGAAGGAUCUAGCUACACAACUGAUACAGAUGAAGGUGAUCUUGAUGAAAUUUAUGACGACGAAACACCUGAAUUGCCGGUGGAAAAUAUUCCAGAAAUUGACAAGGAAACUCACAGACUUGCAGUUGUUAACUUGGAUUGGAGGCAUGUGAAGGCUGUUGAUUUGUAUGUCGUACUAAGUUCAUUUCUCCCAAAAGGUGGGCAAAUAUUGUCUGUGGCAGUUUAUCCAUCCGAGUUUGGGCUCCAACGGAUGAAAGAAGAAGAGUUACAUGGACCUGUUGGACUGUUUGAUGACGAACAAAAGAAAAAUGUUGAGGAUGACGACGACGAUGAAGAGAUGGACAACGAGAAAUUGCGAGCUUAUGAAAUGAGUAGGCUAAGGUACUAUUAUGCUGUGGUGGAAUGUGAUUCUAUUGCGACAGCUGAUUACCUUUACAAAACUUGUGAUGGAGUGGAAUUUGAAAGGUCAUCAAAUAUUCUUGAUUUGAGAUUUAUUCCAGACUCGAUGAAGUUUGAACACCCUCCUAGGGAUAUUGCUACAGAGGCACCUUCGAGUUAUGAAGUUCUGAAUUUCCAUACUCCAGCUCUGCAGCAUAGUAAAAUCCAUCUUUCAUGGGAUGAGGAUGAACCCCAAAGAGUGAAGGCCUUGAAACGAAAAUUCAAUGCGGAUCAGCUGGCUGAUUUGGAGCUCAAGGAAUUUCUGGCAUCUGAUGAAAGUGAAAGUGAUGAUGAAAGUGAUGACGGAGAGAACCAAGUGGACAAAAAGCGUAAGAAAGGAGAUAAGUACCGUGCCUUACUUCAAUCUGAUGAAGACGGUGAGCAGGAUGGUGGUCAGGAUAUGGAAGUGACUUUCAAUACUGGCUUAGAAGAUAUAAGCAAGCGCAUCCUUGAAAAGAAGGAUAAGAAAUCCGAGACAUUAUGGGAGGCUCAUCUGAGGAAAAAACGCGAGAAAAGGAUGGCUUCAAGAAACAAAUCCGCAGACUCAUCAGAUGAUGAAAGCAGUGACACUGUUAGAGAAGUAGACGAAGUGGAUGACUUUUUCGUUGAAGAGCCUCCAGUUAAAGAAAGUGCCAAGGAUCGAAUAAAAAAUAUUAAAGGUAAGGAACAUGUUGGGGUGGACGGGGCAGCAGAAGCAAGCAGAGCAGAGCUUGAGUUGCUACUUGCUGAUGAUGACGGCGUUGAUACUGGUAUCAAAGGAUACAAUUUGAAACAUAAGAAGAAAAAGGGGAAGGAAGAUAUUGCCGAAGACAAAAUACCCACAGUUGAUUAUAAUGAUCCACGGUUUUCAGCACUCUUCAAUUCACCUCUCUUUGCGUUAGAUCCCACUGACCCUCAGUUCAAAAGGAGUGCUGCUUAUGUUCGUCAAGUUGCAUUGAAGCAGCAAAAGGGUGACGGAUAUCAGCCUACAAAAAGUCAGCAUGGUAAGUCUUCCACAAAACAACCUGCAGCACCUGGGGAGGACGAGGCGAAAGGCGAAGUUCCUGUUAAGACCGAGGGAGAUUCAUCAAAGAAAGAAAAGUAUGAGCUUUCGUCUCUAGUUAAAUCAAUUAAAAUGAAAUCAAAGCAACUUCAGUUGCAAUCCGGUGAUGGCAAGAUACCAAAGAAAGAUAGAAAACAUCGAUUUCCAGCUACGGAAGAGGAACUGCAGCCACCAACCAAGAAUAAGUCAGCUAAGAAGAAGCAAAGGAAAAUGUAAGAUAUGCGGAUUGAAGUCCCUGAACUAUUGAUAUGGUUUCAGGGUCAUCCUUCGAGUUUACAAAUUUUAAUUCAUUCACUUUCCCUAAGUUAUAAUCCUAUGUAGACAUUUAUUGUAUUAUUGAUUUAUUUUUCUUUGA